AUGUCUCUCUCAUUUUACGCUUUUGUGGCCUCCCUACUGGCUUUGGCUGCCUAUAGGCUCAGCAAAGUUGGUCGUAGGCCGGUAGGUUAUCCUCCUGGCCCACCCACACUGCCAUUGAUUGGAAACCUACACUUGAUGCCUAAGGAGAAGGGCCACCUUCAGCUCCAAAAAUGGGCAGAAGAAUAUGGCCCAGUGUACUCGCUCAUUCUCGGUACGAAGGUCAUGAUUGUGCUAUCCUCGGAUCAAGCUAUCAAGGACCUGCUGGAUAAGCGGAGUGGGAUUUAUUCCUCGCGUCCGGACAUGUAUCUUGGCCGGCUUGUGAGUGGUGGCCUGCGCGUUGUGCUCAUGGAAUACGGCGAAACCUGGCGCAUGGUUCGUAAGAUCGUCCACAACAGCUUAAGCCUCACGGCAGCAAGAUCGUAUGUCCCGUACCAGGACCUAGAGAGUAGGGCUAUGCUUGUUGGUUUGCUGGAAAAGCCAGACCUGUUCAUCGAUCAUAUUCGGCGAUACACCAAUUCUUUGACGACCCAGAUGACCUUCAGCUUCCGCACAACGAGCAUCGAUGAUCCCAAAUUGAAGCAACUCUAUCACGGUUUUGAGAAGUUCAGUGAGGUCAUCGGAACCCAGACCGCGGCACUUCUUGAUUUGUAUCCCCUCCUUCGAGCACUACCAGACAUCGUGCUUCCGCUACGGCGAUAUGCAAAGAAACUGCACGAGAAAGAAAGUGAGCUGUAUAUCGGUCAUUGGCUUAACGUGAAAAAGGCUAUCAAGAAUGGUACGGCCAGGCCAUGUUUAUGUUUUGACCUAGCCCGUGCCCAAGAUGAGGAGGGGUUCUCUGAUGCCCUUGCCGGUUAUGUCAGCGGCUCGAUGCUAGAGGCAGGCUCCGAUACAACGGCUGCAACGCUCAUCGGCUUCUUUCAAGCAAUGGUCCUGUUCCCUGAAGCUGCAAAAGCCGCACAGGAGGAACUUGAUCGCGUGUGUGGCGACCGCUUUCCGACCCUAGAUGAUGAGCCAAAUCUGCCUUACAUCCGCGCCUGCGUGAAGGAGAGCAUGCGUUGGAUGCCGACAGCCAUAUUGGGCAUCCCACACGCCGUCAUUCGGGAUGAUGAGUACAUGGGCUACAAGAUCCCAAAGGGCGCGGGAAUCAUGUGGAACGUCUGGGCAAUCCACAAUGAUCCCAAGCGGCAUCCUGAUCCACGACGCUUCGACCCGGCCCGCUACAUCGACGAUCGCCAGACUGCAGCGGAGGCGGCGAACAACCCAAUUGCUGCAAAGCGCGAUCAGUUCGUGUUCGGUGCAGGUCGACGCUUGUGUCAGGGUAUGCAUAUCGCUGAGCGGUCGCUUUUCCUCGCCAUAGCACGUUUGCUGUGGGCGUUUGACUUCCACAAAGCACGCGAUGCAGACGGUAAUGAGAUGAUACCCGACGCGAGCGAAUUAACGGAGGGGAUAUUGGUACAACCGAAGCCUUUCCCAGCUCGAAUUGUGCCGAGAAACAGUGACAAAGCUGCGAGCGUAGAGUCGGAGUGGGGCAAGAUGUCGGACUUGCUGGAUGAGGACCUGCAGUGGAAGGUGCUUCCUGAGGGGCUGCUCUGGAAAGGGUAUAGCCAGACCCCUAAGGCACCUUGA